AUGGCAUUCUGGAAGAUGGAACCUGACUGGUGGAUUGAGCUUGAAAAUACCUAUAUCGAAUGUAUUCACGAACGAAGAGAGUUGUUUGCCCUUCAUGGGAAGGCUAUCCUAGAUAGUCUUCCCGGCUCCGAAGCGGCCUGUAAGGAAUUGAUGGAAAUGGUUCUCCAAUUUCUCGUAACUCGUUACCCUCAAUACUUCUGUCUCGUCAGUACGGUCUCAGGGAAGGCUCCAGACCUCUUCAUCAACAAAAUCUUAGACAAGCGGUUUCGUCUCAAUGAAAUAGACCCACUUGUAGUUCUGCUUGAGAACGUCCCGGAAGACUUUGCGAUAACGAUUCCAGACCCAGAAUCAGCGGGGCAAUACAGGCUUAAGGCUGGUGUUAUUUGCAGCGCUAUCGGAUGGACUCUAGGAACCAAAAUGGGAAUGACGUUGGCAGAAAUACAUUCUCCGGUUCCGGAUUAUAAAGAGAAGCUUAAGUUAUCUUUAGACAGAUUCUUCACCAAACUGCUCCCCAGCGCGCCUAUUCAACGCGCUUCCUGGGGUUUCGAGUUUGGCAAGCCAUUAUUUGCACCACCUGGCGAUAACCAAGAGCUCCACCGCCUUUCACAAGAUCCAGCGCUGACCGUUGACGAAAUCUACCUCCGCGUUGACUGGCAAACCCUGCGGCGAAUCCCGUUAUCUGGCGCGAUUGUAUUCAACUUCAAGGCAGUGUUCACCCCAGCAACUGAACUCAGGGAUGAGCCGGGAGUUCCGCAGAUUUCAUCUAAGGUCUUGAGAGAGGGGAAGAAGAACUUGAUGGAUUACAAGAAUGCGUGGCAUUUAGAGCAUGUCUUGUUGCCAAUGUUGGACAGGUGGAGUGAGGAGCAAGUGAAGGAGGGUUUAGUCGAGAAGGAUUGGGAGGUUACCACAUUGGAGGACAGCCCGUGGUUUAAGGGUUGGAGGGAAAAGUGGAAACGGCAACAAGGAUUUUGA